AGUGGGGGAAAGACAAAACUUACCUGGAAAGCUAGUAAACAAGAAACACCCCAUAGUAAUAGAAAGGAGGAAGAAAGUGGUUUAGUUGGCUUGAGUUUGGUUGGCUUAAGUUUUAGUGGGGCCUCAUUUCUUAUGAAGUAAAAUAUUUGUAGAGCCUGUUACUGGCUAUGGGAAAAUUGAACCCAGUCUUGUCUUUGCUUAUACUGGAGGAAGUUUUGAGGAAGAGGACCUUUGUUGAUGACUUCUAAAGUCUUAAAAAGACAAAGCAGUUCGUUUGAACACUAGAAAUAAUUGAGCUGGAAGGUAGGAAAUUUCAGUUUGCUAUUUUCUCUAAGCCAGAUUUCAACAAUGGAAAUUAUUUUGAGAAACCACCAAAUUACAAGCAUAACUGUACAUAAAUACAAAUAAUAGGUAUAUUUUCACGAAAUGUACAUUUAUUAUCUUAAAUUUCACUUAGUCUUUCAGUUACAUAAUUCUGUAUUUGAAUCUGGCUUUGGCUGUUUUGUAUAACUAGGUGCCCUUUCUAGGACUUGGUUUCCUUAUCGAUAGAGUAAUAUCAUCUGGAAAAAAUGUAUGCUAUAUGAUUCUGAGGAUAAUCUGGAGCCAGCUGCCUAACCUUUAUAUCCUAAUGUCUCAGCUGAAACAGUUUAUCCAGGAAAAAUGGAGUAAGGUGCUUGCUUAUUACCCUGUUAACCUCUAUCUUUAUAGUUGGCAUAAUGACAUCUUUUAGAAUUAGGAGACUCAAAUGAGUUAUAUUUAUACAAAAUAGUUUUAGUGGCAUGUAGUAUACAUAGUAUACCUAUUAACAUUAAGUUUUUACAUAGCUAGAUUGUAUUGUAUGAGUUUAAAAUAUACUUAACAAAACAACUGAUGUGUUUCCUGGCACAGUAUAAGUGUUACCUUAAUUCCAGAAACUGUAGUAUACUUUGUAUCUAUCUUGACUGCACCUUUAACACUUUUCUAGUCUCAUAGUAUUUAUGAUGAGAGUAAACAGAUCCGUCCCUCUUUGUGGCUAGUAAAUGAUGUUAGUGAAUAUAAGAUUAUUUUUCUGGCAUUACCAGAAAUGAGUAUAUCACGGUGACAUGGUGUCUUUUGUCAGUUCAAUGUUAAGUCUCCUUGUGUAGGUAUUCACAGACCAAUUAGUUUACAGAAAACAAGCUUACUGUUUUUUUCUUUUUCAGUUCUAAAUCAAGGUAAUUAUUUGGUAUUCUCAAGUCAACAACUGUAGUCUGUGUACUAUAUAAUCCAUUUGCCUGAUGUUGCAAAUUUCGAACUUGGCAUUAUCUUGCCGCCUCUUUUGCAUCUUUAACAUAGCCAUUAAUCUCACUGCAAGGCUUUACUAAGGAUAAAUUGCUGCGUAACCCACUUCAACCUCUUUUGUUCAGCCAGGAAUUCAGACGUGUUAAAUAGCUAUUUAAAAAAUACAUACAAUUAUUUCAUUUUUGAAAUUUAAAGAUUUUUAUAAUUUGAAAUGGUAAAAUAAGAGAGCUUAUUCAUUGUGUAUGUUGAAAUUACUUAACAGAAGUUUGCUUUGGAAUAGAGCUUCUGUAUCUUUAAAAAAUACACAGUGAGUCACCCCCUGCUCUUUUGGUAGAUGCCUGGCUAGUGAACAGCUAAGCUGCUUUAGGCAUGUAAUAGAACAUUCCAUUUCCUGUUCCCUUGCUGACACAGAGGAGUGUUCCUGCUGGCAAUGAUCUAAUCAUAGUGCAGUAAGAAACAUGGCAGUUUGAUAAAACAUGGUGGAGACAGCGGCUGAAAUGGAAGCAUAUGUUCUAGAAGAUAUUCUUGAGGUGGAGUCUUUCAUUUUGGAUCAGGAUGAUUUGGAAAAUCCAAUGCUGGAAACAGCUUCCAAGUUGCUCUUGUCUGGUACUGCUGAUGGCGCAGACCUCAGAACGGUAGAUCCAGAAACACAAGCUAGACUAGAAGCUUUGCUCGAAGCUGCAGGAAUUGGCAAAUUAUCCACGGCGGAUGGUAAGGCCUUUGCAGACCCUGAAGUUCUCCGGAGGUUGACAUCAUCUGUCAGUUGUGCGUUGGAUGAAGCUGCUGCUGCACUUACCCGUAUGAGAGCUGAAAGCACAGCAAAUGCAGGGCAGUCGGACAACCGCAGUUUGGCAGAAGCCUGUUCAGAAGGAGAUGUAAAUGCUGUGCGGAAGUUACUCAUUGAAGGGCGAAGUGUAAAUGAACACACUGAGGAAGGGGAGAGCCUCCUUUGUUUAGCUUGUUCUGCUGGAUACUAUGAGCUUGCACAGGUUUUGUUGGCAAUGCAUGCAAAUGUAGAAGACAGGGGGAUCAAAGGUGACAUUACACCUUUAAUGGCUGCUGCUAAUGGAGGACAUGUCAAAAUUGUGAAGUUGCUGCUAGCUCACAAAGCCGAUGUCAACGCACAGUCUUCAACAGGCAAUACAGCGUUGACAUAUGCUUGUGCUGGAGGUUAUGUAGAUGUUGUCAAGGUGCUCUUGGAAUCCGGUGCUAGUAUUGAGGACCAUAAUGAGAAUGGUCAUACUCCUCUUAUGGAAGCUGGAAGUGCUGGACAUGUAGAAGUAGCCAGAUUGCUGCUAGAAAAUGGGGCUGGCAUUAAUACGCAUUCCAAUGAAUUUAAGGAGAGUGCCCUUACAUUAGCAUGUUAUAAAGGACAUUUAGAGAUGGUGAGAUUUCUUUUGGAAGCAGGCGCUGAUCAAGAGCAUAAAACAGAUGAAAUGCAUACUGCUCUAAUGGAGGCUUGCAUGGACGGCCAUGUGGAAGUAGCUCGGUUACUUCUUGACAGCGGUGCCCAGGUGAACAUGCCUGCUGAUUCAUUUGAGUCUCCACUGACUUUGGCUGCGUGUGGUGGGCAUGUGGAACUGGCAGCCUUACUAAUUGAGAGAGGAGCCAGCCUGGAAGAGGUCAACGAUGAAGGUUAUACACCUUUAAUGGAAGCAGCUCGUGAAGGACAUGAAGAAAUGGUGGCAUUACUUCUAGGACAAGGUGCAAAUAUCAAUGCACAGACAGAAGAAACUCAAGAAACUGCCUUGACUCUGGCUUGCUGUGGAGGUUUUCUGGAAGUGGCAGACUUUCUCAUUAAGGCAGGAGCUGAUAUAGAACUAGGCUGUUCUACCCCUUUAAUGGAAGCUGCUCAAGAGGGUCAUUUGGAAUUAGUCAAAUACCUACUAGCUGCAGGAGCUAAUGUCCAUGCAACAACAGCAACUGGAGAUACAGCACUAACAUAUGCCUGUGAAAAUGGUCACACUGAUGUAGCAGAUGUUUUACUGCAGGCAGGAGCAGAUCUGGAGCAUGAAUCUGAAGGUGGGAGAACUCCUUUAAUGAAAGCUGCAAGAGCUGGUCAUGUUUGCACUGUUCAGUUCUUAAUUAGUAAAGGAGCAAACGUGAACAGGACCACAGCUAAUAACGACCACACAGUACUGUCCCUGGCUUGUGCGGGUGGUCAUCUGGCAGUCGUCGAGCUCCUUUUGGCUCAUGGGGCUGAUCCUACACACCGUUUAAAAGAUGGCUCAACUAUGUUGAUAGAAGCAGCAAAAGGUGGUCAUACAAGUGUUGUUUGCUAUCUUUUAGACUAUCCUAAUAACUUGCUUUCAGCCCCUCCACCAGACGUCACUCAGUUAACCCCUCCGUCUCAUGAUUUAAAUAGGGCACCUCGUGUACCAGUUCAAGCACUGCCCAUGGUUGUACCACCCCAGGAGCCUGACAAGCCACCUGCCAAUGUUGCCACUACUCUUCCCAUCAGGAAUAAAGCUGCUUCUAAACAAAAGUCCAGCAGCCAUUUGCCAGCAAACAGCCAGGAUGUACAGGGUUACAUCACCAAUCAGUCUCCAGAGAGCAUUGUAGAAGAGGCUCAGGGAAAGUUAACAGAACUGGAACAGAGGAUAAAAGAAGCCAUAGAAAAGAAUGCACAGCUGCAAUCCUUGGAACUGGCUCAUGCUGACCAACUUACCAAGGAGAAGAUCGAGGAGCUGAAUAAAACAAGGGAGGAACAAAUUCAGAAGAAACAAAAGAUUCUGGAGGAACUACAGAAAGUAGAACGAGAGUUACAACUGAAAACUCAGCAGCAGCUUAAAAAGCAGUAUCUAGAGGUUAAAGCUCAAAGAAUUCAACUUCAACAGCAACAGCAACAGUCUUGCCAGCACCUGGGACUACUAACUCCUGUUGGGGUUGGAGAGCAGCUUUCAGAGGGAGACUAUGCACGCUUACAGCAAGUGGAUCCUGUUUUGCUUAAAGAUGAACCCCAGCAGACUGCUGCUCAGAUGGGUUUUGCGCCAAUCCAGCCUCUGGCGAUGCCUCAAGCUUUGCCUCUGGCGGCAGGUCCCUUGCCUCCAGGGUCCAUCGCAAAUCUUACAGAACUUCAAGGAGUGAUAGUUGGACAGCCAGUACUGGGCCAAGCACAGUUGGCAGGGCUGGGGCAAGGAAUUCUGACAGAAACACAACAAGGGUUAAUGGUAGCCAGCCCUGCUCAGACCCUCAAUGACACGCUGGAUGACAUCAUGGCAGCAGUCAGUGGAAGAGCAUCUGCAAUGUCAAACACUCCUACCCACAGUAUCGCUGCUUCCAUUUCCCAACCACAGACUCCAACUCCAAGUCCUAUCAUCUCUCCUUCAGCCAUGUUACCUAUCUACCCUGCCAUUGAUAUUGAUGCACAGACUGAGAGUAAUCAUGACACUGCUCUAACACUUGCCUGUGCUGGUGGCCAUGAGGAACUGGUACAAACACUGCUAGAGAGAGGAGCUAGUAUUGAGCACCGAGACAAGAAAGGUUUUACUCCACUCAUCUUGGCUGCUACAGCUGGUCAUGUUGGUGUUGUGGAAAUACUGCUGGACAAUGGUGCAGACAUUGAAGCCCAAUCCGAAAGAACCAAGGACACACCGCUAUCCUUGGCUUGUUCUGGGGGCAGACAGGAGGUGGUGGAGCUGUUGUUAGCUCGAGGAGCAAAUAAAGAGCACAGGAAUGUUUCUGAUUACACACCCCUAAGCCUGGCUGCUUCUGGUGGAUAUGUAAACAUCAUCAAAAUAUUACUAAAUGCAGGAGCUGAGAUUAAUUCUAGAACUGGUAGCAAAUUGGGCAUUUCUCCUUUGAUGUUAGCAGCUAUGAAUGGGCACACUGCUGCUGUUAAGCUCCUGUUGGACAUGGGCUCUGACAUAAACGCUCAAAUAGAAACCAAUAGGAACACGGCCUUAACAUUAGCUUGCUUCCAAGGAAGAACUGAAGUGGUUAGUCUUCUGCUUGAUCGCAAAGCAAAUGUUGAACACCGAGCUAAGACUGGCCUCACACCACUAAUGGAAGCUGCCUCUGGUGGAUAUGCAGAGGUGGGCCGAGUUCUUUUAGAUAAAGGUGCUGAUGUUAAUGCCCCUCCAGUGCCCUCCUCAAGAGACACAGCUUUAACCAUAGCAGCAGAUAAGGGUCAUUACAAAUUCUGCGAGCUUCUCAUCGGCAGGGGAGCUCAUAUUGAUGUACGUAACAAGAAGGGAAACACUCCUUUGUGGUUAGCAGCAAAUGGUGGGCAUCUGGAUGUGGUUCAGUUAUUGGUACAAGCAGGCGCAGAUGUAGAUGCAGCAGAUAACCGCAAGAUAACUCCUCUUAUGGCAGCCUUUCGAAAGGGUCAUGUGAAGGUGGUGCGAUACUUAGUCAAGGAAGUCAAUCAAUUUCCAUCAGAUUCUGAAUGUAUGAGAUACAUAGCAACCAUCACCGAUAAGGAGAUGCUGAAGAAGUGUCAUCUCUGUAUGGAGUCAAUAGUGCAAGCCAAGGACCGACAGGCCGCGGAAGCAAACAAAAAUGCCAGCAUAUUGUUAGAGGAAUUAGACUUAGAAAAGUUAAGGGAAGAAAGCCGAAGGCUGGCUUUGGCUGCCAAAAGAGAAAAGAGAAAGGAAAAGAGACGAAAGAAAAAGGAAGAACAGAGAAGAAAGCUAGAAGAAAUUGAAGCCAAAAAUAAAGAGAACUUUGAACUUCAGGCUGCUCAAGAAAAAGAAAAGCUUAAAGCUGAAGAAGAGCCUGAAGUCUUGACAGAACCUCCAAGUGCCACAACCACUACGACCAUAGGUAUAUCAGCAACCUGGACGACUUUGGCAGGUUCCCAUGGUAAAAGAAAUAAUACUAUAACCACAACCAGUUCAAAGAGGAAAAACAGGAAAAAUAAAAUUUCUCCAGAAAACGUUCAAAUUAUAUUUGAUGAUCCACUACCAAUUUCAUACAAUCAGCCCGAGAAAGUGAAUGGAGAGUCCAAGAGCAGCAGUACCAGUGAAAGUGGGGACAGUGAUAACAUGCGGAUUUCCAGCUGCAGCGAUGAAAGUAGUAACAGUAACAGCAGCCGGAAGAGUGACAAUCAUUCACCAGCUGUGGCCACUGCCUCCGUGGCCAGCAAGAAGCAGCCAUCUGUUCUUGUCACAUUUCCAAAGGAAGAGAGAAAAUCUGUGUCUGGCAAGGGUUCAGUAAAAUUGUCAGAGACUAUCAAUGAAGCAACCAGCAAUUCUCUUUCUACUUGCACAAAAUCUGGUCCAUCUCCCCUCUCCUCUCCAAAUGGGAAAUUAACAGUAGCAAGUCCUAAGCGUGGGCAAAAGAGGGAAGAAGGAUGGAAAGAAGUUGUAAGAAGGUCAAAGAAAGUAUCUGUUCCAUCAACUGUGAUAUCCAGAGUAAUUGGAAGAGGAGGCUGUAAUAUCAAUGCUAUUCGGGAAUUCACUGGUGCACACAUAGAUAUUGAUAAGCAGAAAGACAAAACAGGAGACCGGAUAAUAACUAUAAGAGGUGGCACGGAAUCAACAAGACAAGCGACUCAGUUGAUCAAUGCUUUGAUAAAGGAUCCAGACAAAGAAAUUGAUGAACUUAUUCCAAAGAAUCGUUUGAAAAGCUCCUCAACAAAUUCCAAAAUAGGGUCAUCUGCACCUACCACCACUGCUGCUAACAGUUCCUUAAUGGGAAUUAAAAUGACGACUGUAGCUCUGUCAUCAACAUCUCAAACUGCCACAGCACUUAGUGUGCCUGCAAUUUCUUCUGCGUCUGCCCACAAAACCAUUAAGAACCCAGUGAAUAACGUGAGGCCUGGCUUUCCAGUUUCUCUUCCACUUGCAUACCCUCCUCCACAGUUUGCACACGCUUUGCUUGCUGCUCAGACUUUCCAGCAGAUCCGUCCACCAAGGUUGCCCAUGACCCACUUCGGAGGUACUUUUCCACCAGCUCAAUCCACGUGGGGUCCUUUUCCUGUCAGGCCUCUCAGCCCUGCCAGAGCUACUAACUCGCCUAAGCCUCACAUGGUGCCUCGCCAUAGCAAUCAGAAUAGCAGUGGUUCUCAGGUGAAUUCAGCAGGUUCUUUAACUUCAAGUCCAACAACUACAACCAGUUCAUCAGCUUCAACGGUGCCUGGUACAUCUACAAAUGGCAGUCCAAGUUCACCUUCUGUCAGAAGGCAACUUUUUGUCACAGUUGUGAAGACAUCCAAUGCCACAACCACAACAGUCACAACCACAGCAAGCAACAAUAGCACUGCACCCACAAAUGCCACAUAUCCCAUGCCUACUGCCAAAGAACACUAUCCAGUCUCAUCCCCAUCUUCCCCAUCACCAACAGCUCAGCCAGGAGGGGUUUCUAGAAAUAGCCCUUUGGAUUGUGGAUCAGCAUCUCCAAAUAAAGGGGCUUCUUCCUCAGAACAGGAAGCCGGUAGUCCACCAGUAGUAGAAACAACAAACAAUAGACCUCCAAAUAGCAGCAGUUCUUCUGGGGGUUCAUCAGUCCAUUCUACUCCACAACAGCCUCCGGGAUCUGUUUCUCAGGAGCCAAGACCACCUCUUCAGCAGUCUCAGGUUCCUUCCCCGGAAGUCAGAAUGACUGUUCCUCCUUUAGCAACAACAAGUUCUGCUUCAGUGGCGGUGCCUUCUACUGCCCCAGUGACUUACCCUAUGCCUCAAACACAAAUGGGAUGUCCACAGCCUGCUAAAAUGGAAACCCCUGCUAUUAGACCACCCUCUCAUGGCACAGCUGCCCCUCAUAAGACCCCAGCUCCAGUGCAAAAUUCAUCUGUUGCAGUCCUCAGUGUCAAUCACAUUAAAAGACCUCACAGUGUUCCCUCUUCUGUCCAGCUACCUUCGACCUUAAGUACACAAAGUGCUUGUCAAAAUUCAGUACAUCCAGCAAAUAAGCCUAUUGCUCCCAAUUUUAGUGCUCCCUUACCAUUUGGGCCCUUUAGCACAUUAUUUGAAAGCAACCCUACUUCUGCGCAUGCCUUCUGGGGAGGAUCUGUUGUUUCAUCUCAGUCAACACCAGAAUCUAUGCUAUCAGGAAAAUCUUCAUACUUGCCAAAUUCUGAUCCUUUACAUCAGUCUGAUACUUCCAAAGCUCCAGGUUUUAGACCACCAUUACAGAGACCUGCUCCAAGUCCCUCAGGUAUUGUCAAUAUGGACUCGCCAUAUGGUUCUGUAACACCUUCGUCCACACAUUUGGGAAACUUUGCCUCAAACCUUUCAGGAAGUCAGAUGUAUGGACCUGGAGCACCUCUGGGAGGGGCACCUGCAGCUGCUAACUUUAACCGACAACAUUUUUCCCCACUUAGUUUAUUGACUCCAUGUUCAUCAGCAUCAAAUGAUUCUCCUGCACAGUCAGUAUCCUCUGGAGUUCGUGCACCAUCUCCCGCCCCAUCAUCAGUACCUUUAGGGUCAGAAAAGCCCAGCAAUGUCUCUCAGGACAGGAAAGUUCCGGUCCCUAUUGGGACUGAACGUUCUGCACGUAUCAGGCAAACUGGAACUUCAGCACCAUCUGUUAUUGGGAGUAAUUUGUCUACAUCAGUAGGACACAGUGGCAUUUGGUCUUUUGAAGGGAUUGGUGGCAAUCAAGACAAAGUAGACUGGUGUAAUCCUGGGAUGGGAAAUCCAAUGAUUCACAGACCAAUGUCUGAUCCAGGAGUGUUUUCACAACAUCAAGCAAUAGAGCGAGACAAUACAGGAAUUGUAACUCCUUCUGGUACAUUCCAUCAGCAUGUUCCUGCAGGAUACAUGGACUUCCCUAAAGUUGGGGGUAUGCCUUUUUCUGUAUAUGGGAAUGCAAUGAUUCCGCCAGUAGCACCUAUCCCUGAUGGUUCUGGAGGACCCAUAUUUAAUGGCCCUCAUGCUGCAGACCCCUCUUGGAACUCACUGAUAAAGAUGGUUUCAAGCUCCACAGAAAAUAAUGGUCCUCAAACGGUGUGGACCGGCCCCUGGGCACCUCACAUGAACAGUGUGCAUAUGAACCAGCUUGGCUGAUGAGGAUCAGCUUGUCAGCCUGCAGACUCCUUUUCCUUCAGAGGAAAUCACAAGUGGCCAGAAAAGAAAACAAAAAAGUUAUGUUCCCAAAUCAUUCUACUGAUGUGCUUGACUGAAGUGUUUAGGCUUUUGGCAGAAGAACUUACUAACUGACCUAUUUUCUGUGAACAUUUGUGACUGCCCAGUCCCCAUCAUCAUCCAUUUUACCUUAGUUAGCAUUUUUCUUAUCCUUUUCUUUAUUUUUUUUUCUUUUUUCUUUUUCUUUCCCUCUUCCCCUUUGGACAUAACUUUCUGUUGAAGCUGUUCUUUGGCUGGUUGGUUUUAGUACUGUAAACUGCUUCUGAGCAAACACGGAAAUUUAGCAAAAUUAUGUAAACUUGAUCCUGAAGUUUUAGAAUGGCAAAUAAAUGUACAAUUGUUUACAUAACAGAAAAGGCUAAGCAGAAAGUAAAUUUCAAUAUGUCAGUAUAGAGGCUCUACUUUAUGUAGACUUAAAUUAAUGUGAGAUAUGUACCUUCAUAUUCAGAAAUCUGGAUGUUUCCUUCAUACAUUAAACUAUUAAUAAGCAUAACUUUUCUACUUGUGUAAUUUGGAAUAUAAAGUAAAAUAAUGAUCAUUACCAGUAAGUGUUUCUCUGCAGUAGCUUUAAAAACACCCCUCUUUCUCUUUACAAGUUGGUUUUAGCCAGGCACAUACAGACGAAAUUUCUGACUUUAACAUGUUUUUGUUAGUUACCUUUUCAUACUUUUAGAACUAAUACACACUUAUCUCUUCUUUUCUUCUUACCUUUGCCUUUUCUCCUUUACUAUGCCAAUAAAACUCUCUCGGUGAUAGUGAAAAAAAUUCUAUUAAGAUUUUCACUGUCACAGCUGCUAUCAAAAAGAUGGAGCAUCCUGCUCCUCACCAGUGGUUUAUUCUAAUCAUAAAAUACCUAGACUUUGUGAGAAUUUAAAAUGACACAAUAGUUUCCCCCAGUCAGCACAUACAAGUUCUUAAUAUACUGUUAAUUAUGAAAUAAUUCAUUGUACUAUUUUAUAUUGGAUAAUAUCGAUUCUUAACAUUGACUUUCCAGUUAUCAAGAGUCAACAUAAAAAAUUCAUUUUUCAGUAAUGUAGUGGAAAGUAUCUUUUUUCAAUUUGGAAGGAUUCUUGCUCUCUACACUUGUAUAUUAUCAGUAAAAAAGGAUAAAUGGCUAACUUGAGCCAAGUAAUAAAAAAAAGUUUGCCAUUGUCAUUAAGACAAUUUAUAGUAGAUACAUGAAUACACAUAUUGAACUAUCAAGUCUACAUUUAACCUGUUUGUAUUUCAGGGCCACACUACACUCAGUGGGAUUUAUAUAUUUCAUCCAUUUGAAACAAUAAACCAUAAUAUAUCCAA